GCCUUGAGCUUACAAAAUCAGAGUAAAUAAGCCUUGUCUCCGCGCUAUGGAUUGGACAAAUGAUAAAUGUAAAAAGAUCCACCACAUUUUGGAGUGAAUUAGUUUAGAAAAACGAGACAAAUAGGAAUUUUUCCUUCGUUUAUACGUAUGAAUCAAAAAAUGAGAAAGACAACUCAACAUUACUUUGAGUUCCAUUCCAACACUUGAUGACACAACCACAAUGGUAGAAGCUGCAAUUUCCACGCCCAAAAAAGUCACGUCUCGUUACACCUCAUCAUCAUCAUCUCCUCGCUCACCUUCGCCUUUCACGUCCAAACGGUCACAGUCGCUCGAGCGGAGACGACCCGGAACGACAGCGUCGUCGUCUGGGAAAAUGCUUCUGACUUCGACAACAACGAGGAGCUUAUCCGUGUCGUUUCAGGGCGAGUCGUUCCGGAUCACCGUCAACAAAGCCAAACCAACAACCACAAACGUUGCUGUCCCUGCUCCCAAACUCCUCGCGCCGAGAAAGUCAGUGUUGAAUGGUGCAUCGUCUCCACUAGGAGUUGUGAAUAGCAGAGGCCAAGUUUCUUAUAUUCGUCCCGCUUCACCCAACAAGGUACCUUCAUCUUCCCGAGGUGUGAGUCCCUUGAGGCUCAGAAACGGAGCUUCCCCUAAUGGUUUCAGCAGCAUCAACGAGUCUUCUAUUUUGACCUUUGCCAUUGAUGUUAAGAGAGGGAGGGUCGGAGAAAACCGAAUUUUCGAGGCGCAUUCGCUGAGGCUUCUCUAUAACCGCCUCUUGCAAUGGCGUUUUGUCAACGCCCGAGCAGAUUCUGACCUCUCUGUGCAGAAAUCCAAUGCUCAGAAUUGUCUCUAUGAUGCUUGGGCAUCUACCACUAAACUACGAGAAUCUGUGAGUGCUAAAAGGAGAGAGUUACAAUUGCUGAAGCAUAAGUUGAAGCUAAUUUUCAUCCUCAAGGACCAAAUGAUGUAUUUGGAAGAUUGGGCUAAUUUGGAUCGAGUUUACACAAAUUCACUUUCGGGAGCUAUUGAAGCACUAAAGGCUAGUACUCUCCGCCUUCCUGUUGUUGAUGGGGCCAAGGCAGAUGUACUGAAAGUGAAGGAUGCUGUUUGUUCAGCGGUGGAUGUAAUGAAGGCUAUGGCAUCCUCCAUAUGCCUAUUGUUUCCAAAGGUUGGACAUGUAAACUCGUUGGUAGUUGAAAUUGCUAACUUGAGUACAAAGGAGCAUGUUUUGCUUGAUGAAUGCAGAGACCUUUUAUCAAUGAUUACAGCCAUGCAGGUUAGAGAGUGUAGCCUGAGAACACAUCUUUCACAAAUAAAAUGGUUACCUGAAGCUCAACAUUAACGGUAACAAGCAUACAACUGUAUCUAUGACCAAGAUGACUUUCAUUGCUAACGUAUCGUAAGGUAUGAUGUAGUGUGCUAAUAGGUGUGCUUAUUUUGGCCAUGCAUUCAAUACAUACCUGUAUGAUGAUUGAUCAUAUGCAAAGAGUCAGGAUUGGAAGUUGAUGUUUUAAAAUGCAAGUUUGUUUAUAUAUGCCCUUUGUUUUUCUUUUUUCUUAUUGUUAUUUUAAAAUUUCCAAAGGAUGUAUAUAAACCGUGUAGCAUGUUAUAUUUUAGUUGAAUCUUUUGUAUUUGUUAGCUCAUAAAUUGUGUAAUUAUGGCGCGGUUAGUAAGGUAUCUGGUUCUUUUUCCUUGUGUUUCUAAUCAUAAAGGGGAUUGGUAUGUACCCAUAGAAACUAUCCAAAAAGUUCAUGUGCAAUAUAAACAUUCAUUUUCCCCA